AUGUCAACUCCCUUUGAAUCAGAGAUCCUCGCAGCCAAUGCUAAAUAUGCUAGCACCUACACGCAUAGUGGCCUUGAAUGCCCUCCUAAAAAGAGAGCCGUCCUUAUAACAUGCAUGGAUUGCCGUCUUGAUCCCAAAUCAGCCCUGGGUUUCGAGCUUGGUGAAGUAACCACGAUUCGAAACGCCGGUGCAUCAGGCCUAGAUGCGGCGCGCUCAGUACUCCUCACUACACACGUUUUGGGUGCUCAAGAGAUUCUUCUCAUCAAGCAUACUCGAUGCGGUUUGCUGGGCGUUCCUGAAGAAGCAGUUCGUGGAAUGAUGAAGAAGAACCUGGGAGUGGAAGAGUCCAAGGAGGCGUCUACCCGGGAAGAAGUGGAACAUCUUCGCAAGCACCCUCUUUGGCUGAGCAAGAUCAAGGUGACGGGCUGGAUUCAGGAUACUGAUACUGGCGUUCUGAAGAAAAUUGUGGAGUAA